UGGCAUGUACCAAACCACGGAACCGAGAAUCCUUGCUGGAUUCGGAGUCAGGCAUCGUAAUUCAGAAUUUUUUGUCCAUUCCGUUCGGAUGGUGUUUCGUUUGCCGAUGCAAGCUCGGUCGUAGGGCAAAUUGGCUCACUGACAGCGUCGGCCGUUGAAGAUCGGAUAGUCGUCUGGAUUGUUUUACCAGACAACAUUUGUGUCAAACUGCGCUUCCGCCAUGUUGAAGUGAUUCAAGUUGUGACUGACUGCUGGGACUGAAGUGACAAGCCCCAGGGAUCGGAAUAGAUAGAGUUGGGGGGGCUGCAACCGCGCCGGUGACGCAGGAAAAACACUCAAAAGCGGAGAAAAGCGUAGUAAUUAGAUCUUACUGCUAACCUGUUUUUAGCCUACGAGACCGACGCUGAUAUAGGCCACGUUUAUGUAACAUACGACGACACCAAUCGUCCAAGGCUGAACGCAGCUUGUGAGUAGAGGGGAAGUCCUAUCAAAUUCCUGGUUAUGCAAUGGUCUCAGCGGCCCAUCCAGACCUCCAGGUGCUUGUGUCCCUCUCUUGCGUGUUCGGACUCGUAUACCUCUGCUCUACAGCUGAGGCGGCUGUGAUUCCCCUCGUGGCCAGCGCUCCCUAAGAGGCCAAGAUUGCCAAGAUCUGCCCCGUGGCGAGCAUGACGGCCACCACGCGUGGCUCCCCGGUGGGGGGCAACGACAGUCAGGGCCAGGGCCAGGGCCAGGCGCCCGACGCUCAGAGUCAGCCUCCGCUACCACAGAACCAGGCCUCAUCCCCCAACUCGUCCAAUGAGAACUCUCCAGUGAGCCCACCAGAUGAGCCCGGUCAGGGGGACGGACCUCCUCAGCUGGAAGAGGAGGAGCCAGCCUUCCCUCACACUGACCUUGCCAAGCUGGAUGAUAUGAUCAACAGGCCUCGAUGGGUGGUUCCAGUUUUGCCAAAGGGAGAGUUGGAAGUCCUCCUAGAAGCUGCUAUAGAUCUUAGUAAAAAAGGACUGGAUGUCAAGUGUGAAGCGUGCCAGAGGUUUUUCCGAGAUGGUCUCACCAUCUCCUUCACUAAGAUCUUGACAGAUGAGGCAGUCAGUGGAUGGAAGUUUGAGAUUCACAGGUGUAUCAUCAACAACACACACCGGCUGGUGGAGCUGUGUGUGGCCAAGCUCUCUCAGGACUGGUUCCCUCUACUUGAGCUGCUGGCCAUGGCCACCAACCCCCACUGCAAGUUCCACAUCUACAACGGCACGCGGCCCUCGGAGACCGUUCCCGCCGGGGCCCAGCUGGCCGACGAUGAGCUAUUCGCCCGCCCUCCAGACCCUCGCUCCCCCAAGGGCUGGUUGGUGGACCUAAUAAACAAAUUUGGCACGUUAAACGGGUUCCAAAUGCUGCACGAUCGCUUCAUGAGUGGCCAAGCACUGAACGUCCAGAUCAUCGCUGCACUUAUCAAGCCUUUUGGCCAGUGUUACGAGUUCCUCACAUUGCACACAGUGAAGAAGUACUUCCUCCCAGUCAUUGAGAUGGUCCCCCAGUUUCUGGAGAACCUGACCGAUGAGGAGCUAAAAAAAGAGGCCAAGAAUGAAGCCAAAAACGAUGCACUGUCCAUGAUAAUCAAGUCCCUGAAGAACCUGGCAUCUCGUGUCCCAGGGCAGGAGGAGACGGUGAAGAAUUUAGAGAUUUUUAGGUUAAAAAUGAUUCUUAGGUUAUUGCAAAUUUCCUCUUUUAACGGCAAAAUGAAUGCACUAAAUGAGGUGAACAAGGUGAUCUCCAGUGUCUCCUACUACACCCACCGGCAUAACCCAGAGGAAGAGGAGUGGUUGACUGCGGAGCGCAUGGCUGAGUGGAUCCAGCAAAACCAUAUCCUGUCGAUUGUGCUCAGGGACAGCCUGCACCAGCCACAAUAUGUUGAGAAACUGGAGAAAAUCCUGCGCUUCGUCAUCAAGGAGAAAGCACUUACCAUGCAGGAUCUAGACAAUAUCUGGGCUGCACAGGCUGGCAAGCACGAGGCCAUAGUGAAAAACGUCCACGAUCUUCUCGCCAAGCUGGCAUGGGAUUUCUCCCCCGAGCAGCUCGACCACCUCUUUGACUGUUUUAAGGCAAGCUGGACCAACGCAAGCAAGAAGCAGCGGGAGAAGCUCCUUGAGCUGAUCCGGCGUCUGGCGGAGGACGAUAAGGACGGGGUGAUGGCCCACAAGGUUCUCAACCUGCUGUGGAACCUGGCCCACAGCGACGACGUGCCCGUGGACAUCAUGGACCAGGCCCUUAGCGCGCACAUUAAGAUACUGGACUAUAGCUGCUCACAGGACAGGGAUACGCAGAAGAUCCAAUGGAUCGACCGCUUCAUAGAGGAGCUGCGCACCAACGAGAAAUGGGUGAUACCGGCCCUGAAGCAGAUCAGAGAGAUAUGUAGCCUGUUCGGUGAAGCCCCACAGAACCUUAGUCAAACGCAGAGGAGCCCCCAUGUUUUCUACCGCCACGACCUGAUCAACCAGCUGCAGCACAACCAUGCCUUGGUCACCCUGGUGGCUGAAAACCUCUCCGCCUACAUGGAGACCAUGAGGCAGUUUUCCAAAGCGGAACAGGCCGAGUUUGACCCCCAGACAGUGAGGCCUGGGAGUCGCUACAGCCACGUCCAGGAAGUACAGGAGCGGCUCAACUUCCUGAGGUUUCUGUUGAAAGACGGCCAGCUGUGGCUGUGUGCCCCCCAGGCCAAGCAAAUCUGGAAAUGUCUGGCUGAGAACGCCGUGUUCCUCUGUGACCGGGAAGCCUGCUUCAAAUGGCUCACGGUCUGCCCCGAUGCCAACAGGUAUUCAAAGCUGAUGGGGGACGAGCCAGACCUUGAUCCAGACAUCAACAAAGACUUCUUUGAGAACAACGUGCUGCAGCUGGACCCCUCCCUGCUGACGGAGAAUGGCAUGAAGUGCUUUGAGCGGUUCUUCAAGGCCGUCAACUGCAGGGAGGGCAAGCUGGUGGCCAAGCGCCGGGCCUACAUGAUGGACGACCUGGAGUUGAUAGGGCUGGACUACCUCUGGAGGGUGGUUAUUCAAGGAAGUGAUGACAUCGCCAGCCGAGCCAUAGACCUAAUGAAGGAGAUCUACACAAACCUCGGACCAAAACUGCAAGUCAAUCAGGUGGAGAUCCACGAGGAUUUCAUCCAGUCCUGCUUCGACCGGCUGAAGGCAUCCUACGACACGCUGUGUGUGUUGGACGGGGACAAGGACAGCAUCAACUGUGCGCGCCAGGAGGCGAUCCGCAUGGUGCGCGUGCUCACCGUGCUCAAGGAGUACAUCAACGAGUGUGACAGCGACUACCACGAGGAGCGGACCAUACUGCCCAUGUCCAGGGCUUUCCGAGGGAAGCACAUCACGUUGAUCGUGCGUUUCCCGAACCAGGGUCGCCAGGUGGACGACCUGGACAUCUGGUCCCACACCAACGACACCAUCGGCUCGGUGCGGCGGGGCAUCCUCAACCGGAUAAAGGCCAACGCCACGCACACCAAGAUAGAGCUCUUCAUCGGCGGGGAGGCCGUGGACCCGGCCGACGACCGCAAGCUCAUUGGACAGCUCAACCUGAAGGAUAAGACGGUCAGCCCCGCCCCUGCGUCCAAAAUGCAUGAACCUGAAUUGCUGAUCACAGCCAAGCUGACUCAGGUGAGCGCCAACAUGCCCUCUAGUCCGGACAGCUCCUCCGAUUCGUCAACCGGUUCGCCCGGUAACCAUGGCAACCACUACAGCGACGGGCCCAACCCUGAGGUGGAGAGCUGCCUGCCGGGUGUGAUCAUGUCGUUGCACCUGCGCUACAUCUCCUUCCUGUGGCAGGUUGCCGACCUGGGCUGCAACCUCAACAUGCCUCUGCUCAGAGAUGGAGCCCGCGUGCUUAUGAAGCUCAUGCCCCCUGAUGCCACCACCGUGGCCAAUCUGCGCGCCGUGUGUCUGGACCACGCCAAGCUGGGCGAGAACAGCCUCAGCCCCACACUGGACUCCCGCUUCUUCGGCCCCUCGCCCUCACAAGUGCUCUACCUCAUCGAGGUGGUGUACGCUCUCCUGAUGCCCGCCAGCGCCACCCUGGGGGAGGACGCCAGCGACUUCCAGUACAACUUCCUGAAGAGCGGCGGGCUGCCGCUGGUGCUGAGCAUGCUCACCAGGAACAACUUCCUGCCGUCGGCGGACAUGGAGACGCGGCGCGGGGCCUACCUCAACGCGCUCAAGAUCGCCAAGCUGCUGCUGACCGCCGUGGGCUUCGGGCACGUCAAGGCCGUGGCGGAGGCCUGCCAGCCCAACACCGAGGGCAGCGUCCCCGUCUCACCGAUCAACCAGGCCACUCACGACCAGGCCCUGGUCCUACAGAGCGCCUUGCAGAACAUCCCCAACCCGGCGUCUGAAUGCAUGCUGCGCAACGUGGCCAUCCGUCUGGCCCAGCAGAUCUCAGAUGAGAACUUCUUCCAGGCCUCAAAGUACAUCCCGGACAUCUGUGUGAUCCGGGCGAUACAGAAGAUCGUCUGGGCUUCGGGCUGUGGCACAGUGCAGCUCGUCUUCAGCUCCAAUGAGGAGAUCAGCAAGAUCUAUGAGAAGACCAACGCGGCUAAGGAGCCCGACGGGGAGGACGAGCAGGUAUGCUGCGAGGCCCUGGAGGUGAUGACCCUGUGUUUCGCCCUCAUGCCCACGGCUCUGGACACCCUCAGUAAGGAGAAGGCCUGGCAGACCUUCAUCAUAGACCUGCUGCUCCACUGUCACAGCAAGUCGGUGCGUCAGAUGGCCCAGGAGCAGUUCUUCCUGAUGGCCACCAGGUGUUGCAUGGGCCACAGACCCCUCCUCUUCUUCAUCACCCUCCUCUUCACUGUGCUCGGGAGCACUGCCAAAGAGCGGGCCAAGCACGCGGGCGACUACUUCACCCUGCUGCGACACCUGCUUAACUACGCCUACAACAGCAACAUCAACCUUCCCAACGCUGAGGUGCUGCUCAACAACGAGAUCGACUGGCUCAAGAGGAUCCGGGAUGAGGUCAAGCAGACGGGUGAGACGGGUGUGGAGGAGACCAUCCUUGAAGGUCACAUCGGCGUGACGAAGGAGCUGCUGGCCUUCCAGACCCCAGAGAAGAAGUACCACAUUGGCUGUGAGAAGGGCGGCGCAAACCUCAUCAAGGAGCUGAUCGACGACUUCAUCUUCCCGGCGUCCAACGUCUACCUGCAGUACAUGAAGAGCGGCGAGUUCCCCACGGAGCAGGCCAUUCCGGUGUGCAGCAGCCCGGCCUCCAUCAACGCUGGCUUCGAGCUGCUGGUGGCCCUGGCCGUCGGCUGCGUCCGCAACCUCAAGCAGAUCGUGGACACUCUGACGGACAUGUACUACCGAGGAUGCGAGACCCUCACGGAGUGGGAGUACCUUCCCCCUGUGGGGCCCCGGCCAACCAAGGGCUUCGUGGGUCUGAAGAACGCGGGCGCCACCUGCUACAUGAACUCGGUCAUCCAGCAGCUCUACAUGAUCCCCCCCAUCCGCAACGGCAUCCUGGCCAUCGAGGGCACGGGCACCGACGUGGACGACGACAUGUCAGGGGACGAGAAGCCGGAGAACGAGGUAGGGGCUGAGGUGUGUGCUCCUACAUUACCGCAGAGCAACGUGGACCCGCGCGACGAGGUGUUCAGCUACCACCACCAGUUCGACGACAAGCCGGCCAGCAAGUCGGAGGACAGGAAGGAGUACAACAUCGGGGUGCUGCGCCACCUGCAGGUCAUCUUCGGCCACCUGGCGGCCUCCAGGCUGCAGUACUACGUCCCCAGGGGAUUCUGGAAGCAGUUCAGGUUAUGGGGGGAGCCGGUGAAUCUGCGGGAGCAGCACGAUGCUCUGGAGUUCUUCAACUCGCUGGUGGACAGUCUGGACGAGGCCUUGAAAGCCCUCGGACACCCCCCUAUGCUCAGCAAAGUGCUGGGCGGCUCCUUCGCCGACCAGAAGAUUUGUCAGGGUUGCCCCCACAGGUAUGAGUGUGAGGAGUCUUUCACCACGCUGAAUGUAGACAUCAGGAAUCACCAGAACCUGCUGGACUCCAUGGAGCAGUAUGUGAAAGGGGACCUGCUCGAGGGUGCCAACGCCUACCACUGUGAGAAGUGCAACAAGAAGGUGGACACGGUGAAGCGGCUGCUGAUCAAGAAGCUGCCCCCGGUGCUGGCCAUCCAGCUGAAGCGCUUCGACUACGACUGGGAGCGGGAGUGCGCCAUCAAGUUCAACGACUACUUCGAGUUCCCCCGGGAGCUGGACAUGGAGCCGUACACGGUGGCGGGCGUGGCCAAGCUGGAGGGGGACGACGUCAACCCCGAGAACCAGGUGAUCCAGCAGAACGAGCCCUCGGAGCCCUCGCCUCCCGGCAGCUCCAAGUACCGCCUGGUGGGGGUGCUGGUGCACUCGGGGCAGGCCAGCGGCGGCCACUACUACUCCUACAUCAUCCAGAGGAACGGCGGCGACGGCGAGCGCAACCGCUGGUACAAGUUCGACGACGGCGACGUGACGGAGUGCAAGAUGGACGACGAGGAGGAGAUGAAGAACCAGUGCUUCGGCGGCGAGUAUAUGGGCGAGGUGUUUGACCACAUGAUGAAGAGGAUGUCGUAUCGCCGGCAGAAGCGCUGGUGGAACGCCUACAUCCUCUUCUACGAGCGCAUGGACUCCUUGGACAAAGACAGCGAGCUGGUCAAGUACAUCUCGGAGCUGACGCUGGCCAACAGCAAGCCCAACCAGGUCAAAAUGCCGGGCGUCAUCGAGUGCAGCGUGCGCAAGCAGAACGUCCAGUUCAUGCACAACCGGAUGCAAUACAGCUUGGAAUAUUUCCAGUUCAUUAAGAAGCUCCUCACCUGUAACAGUGUCUAUUUAAACCCUCCUCCAGGGCAAGACCAUCUGUUGCCGGAGGCCGAGGAGAUCGCUAUGAUUAGUGUCCAGCUGGCUGCCAGGUUCCUCUUCAGCACAGGUUUCCACACAAAGAAAGUUGUGCGCGGUCCUGCCAGCGACUGGUAUGAUGCCCUGUGUGUCCUCCUAAGACACAGUAAGAACGUCCGCUACUGGUUUGCACACAACGUCCUGUUCGCCUACGCCAACUGCUUCUCCGAGUACCUGCUGGAGUGCCCGAGCGCCGAGGUCCGCGGCGCCCUGGCCAAGCUCAUCGUCUUCAUCGCACACUUCUCCCUCCAAGACGGGCCCUACCCCUCCCCCGUCACCUCCCCCGUGCCCGCCAGUCCGGGCUGUGAUAACCUGAGUCUGAGCGACCACCUCCUGCGAGCUGUGCUCAACCUGCUGAGGAGGGAGGUGUCUGAACACGGCCGUCACCUGCAGCAGUACUUUAACCUCUUUGUGAUGUACGCCAAUCUGGGGCUAGCAGAGAAGACUCAGCUGCUCAAGCUGAGCGUGCCAGGCACCUUCAUGCUGGUGGCUCUGGACGAGGGCCCCGGCCCUCCCAUCAAGUACCAGUACGCCGAGCUGGGCAAGCUGUACACCGUGGUCUCCCAGCUGGUGCGGUGCUGCGACGUCUCCACGCGCAUGCAGUCCUCCAUCAACGGUAACCCCCCUCUAGCGAACCCUUACGGGGACGCCAACCUGACCACGCCGGUCAUGCCGGUGCAGCAGCUGGUGGCUGAGAUCCUGUUUGUGCGGACCAGCUACGUGAAGAAGAUCAUCGAGGAUUGCAGCAACUCUGAGGAGACGGUGAAGCUGCUGCGCUUCAGCUGCUGGGAGAACCCCCAGUUCUCCUCCACGGUGCUCAGCGAGCUCCUCUGGCAGGUGAGGGACCAACCCUGCAGACGUGGUUCCCAACCGGUGGCGUAUUCCUACACCUAUGAGCUGAGGCCUUACCUGGACCUGCUGCUACAGAUCCUGCUAAUCGAGGAUUCCUGGCAAACGCACCGGAUCCACAACGUGCUCAAGGGCAUCCCAGACGACAGGGACGGGCUGUUUGACACCAUUCAGCGCUCCAAAAACCACUAUCAGAAGCGGGCCUACCAGUGCAUCAAGUGCAUGGUGGCGCUCUUCAGCAACUGCUCCGUGGCGUACCAGAUCCUGCAGAGCAACGGCGACCUGAAGCGCAAGUGGACGUGGGCGGUGGAGUGGCUGGGCGACGAGCUGGAGCGGAGACCUUACACGGGGAACCCCCAGUACACCUACAACAACUGGUCGCCCCCCGUCCAGAGCAACGAGACCUCCAACGGCUACUUCCUGGAGCGCUCCCACAGCGCACGCAUGACCCUGGCCAAGGCCUGCGAGCUCUGUCCCGAGGAGUGUCACUUAACGAAGCACGAGGCUGUGUCUGAAGAAGACGCCACGAUGCCGAAAUCGUCCUCGCCACAGCAGCUUUUGCCAGGGGAAGGCACGGCACAGCAGCAGCAGCACACUGAGCCUGACGACCAGGAGGCCACCGAAGACCAGGACUCUUCCCCUCCAGAAGACACCUCCCUCUACCCUCACUCUCCUGGAACCACUCAGUUUCAGCAGAACAACCACCCCCAUGGACAGCCAUACACGGGGCCGGCCGCCCAGCACAUGAACAACCCGCAGCGCCCUGGCCCAGCCACCGCCCCGGCGACAGGCACCUCCCUGACCCCGACGCAGACCCCAACCCUGACCCCCGCCCCAGGCCCAGGCCCAGGCCCAGGCCCAGGCCCGACCCCCGGUCCCGGCCAGGUCCAAGGUCCGGGGCCGGGCCCGGGGCCGCGAGCACAAGAGAACUGGGAGAGCACUGAGGAGGUGACCCCGGCGCCUGCUCCCGCUCCCGCGCCUACUCCGCCCAAGGAGUAACACACGGCCUCCCUCCUCCCCAGCCUCUUCCUUCCUCCUCCUCUGCUGUGCCUCGAGCCUCCAUCUCCCUGCUCUCCCCUUUUUUCUCCUCCCCAGAUCGACAGAGCUUCUCAUCAGAACGUGCUCUCUCUUUCUCUCUCUCUCUCUUUCUCUUUCUCUCUCUUUCUCUCCGGGCCCCAGGGCAGGGCAGAGCAUGGCCCACGGGCCCCCUCUCCAGGCCAACUCACGAGAGUCUCUCCCCCAGCAUCCUGCUAGUGUGCAGUGGGUCUGGGGGGAGGCGCUUCCCCCUGGCCUGGAGACGCCGGCCCACGUGACGGGGGGGGGGGGGCCAGCCGGUGGCUGCAGAGGCGAGCGAGCGGAAAGUUGUAAUUUAAAAAAAAAUGUAAACAAAAAAGGAAAAUGUACCCAGACCUGACAAUGCUGAUGCGCUUGUCGACACGACAAAAAGGUGUACAUAGUAUGUUAAUGUUUUGACUGUUCAAAUCCCCCUGUAGCAUAACUGCCUGGUUUGCUGUUGGGAGAUGUUGCAGAUCUGAUGAAAAACAAAAUGGAUACUAUAAAUAAACAACAAAAAAUCCAAAAAAAUAAACUCUGUAAGAAGACAAACUCCUCUUUGUUUUAUCACCCAUGCUCCGCAGUGAGGUUUGGUCUGCCGUCAGACAGUUUCUGGUCAUUCAACUGUAGGAGGACGCAUUGUUAUCAUAAAUGUAUUAUUAAGAUCCUUGGCAACCAUAUGACCCAUGCCAAAUCAACACACACACACGCUGUGGUUGGUUUUAGAGUGAGACGUGGAAUGGUUAGGGUGAAGUUUUACGGUGUUUUGGUUGAUGUGAAAAAGCGGUGAUGCAACAUUGUUCUGAAAUUCAUUGCCUUUCUUUAUCUUUUUUUUUUGGUUUUUCUUUUUUUUUGUUCUGGUAAUUAAUUCAAUCCUUUCUUGAAGCUCUAGUUAAUAUGCUGUAACAUUUAGCAUGGCUUCUCACCAGAAUAGUGUAGCCCAAGGGAAGACUUGUGACCAUAACAACAAAAAGCUGUUGCUCUUAAUCCACAGCUCCAGAGGGGACUCGCCCUCUAGGAUUACUUUGUUUAUUUUUUACUCAUCUACCCCUUGUACAUUGAGGGCGCUAUUUUGAACCAAUGUAUGAAUAAGUGGCUUUUUCAAUUGCACAUUAUUAUAAACCUCCAACUUCACAUUCGGCAGUCCGUUUUUUGGUGGGAUAGACAGACAAUUCUGAGAAAAAAAAUUAAACAUGCAACAGAAUUGCCACUGGUGUACACCUGGUGUACCAUAGACUGUGGUUUGCUUCUGUCUCUCUUCAGUAGAGCCUAUUUCCUAGACUUAUUUGCCCAUCAACUUCCAUUCUCAUGGAGCUGGCCAGACCAGGUGCCUUUGACUGCUGUCCAGGAGAGGUAACUGAUCCUGAGCAGCGGUUUCUAGACAUCUCUGCCUCCAUCUCCAACGGGAAUAGGUUCCACAGCAGGGUCGUUUAAUAGAAGCUGGUUAGUCAUGUUGCAACUUGAGCUAAAGUGUAAUUCUGUAGGAGUAAAAAGCUAACCAUCAGUAAAUACUGUAUUUAAUUGGUAACUUGAAUGCGUGUAUUUUUGGGAUUUCUUGUCUAAAACAUACCAAAUACUCCUGCAAAUGAAAAUAUUCUGCCCACCGUAUUAUAUUUAAAUAUUUUGCUCUUAUUUUAUAGAAUUUAUUUUGUUGUAUUUCACAAAAAAUAGAUUUGAUUUAAGAGGAACAUUUUUGUCCUUGUGUUAUUUUUAAAGAGGAUAUUGACUGUACAGAGUUCUGCGCCCUGUUUUUUGCCGACUUUUGUUUUGGCCAUGGUGUGACGUUGAAUUCUGGAGCUACAGUCGCGAUGUGAACUUUCACCUUGAGGUUUUUUGUGCACAGAAAUAUAACAGAAGCAUUGCGCCCUUAGCAAAUAAAGAACAUGGAAUCUUG